AGCAACACACCUGGGUGCAAUCUCCUCAUCUGCCACUGCUUUUAAGGAGCGGCCAGACCACCAUUCUCCACCUGAUGGUCCAUGUAGUUGGUUGACAUCUCUUCUCUUGUCCUGGAUUGCCUUAGCUCACUGCUUACUUUCCGAACUCACUAAAUCCAUGGUCGUCAUCCACAGCUCCUUUGUCCUGGCUUACCUCCUCCUGCCCACGCUUUGAGAAUCCACAAACAAUCUUUGGCCGCCAGAAAACCUCCUGGUCCAUCAGAUCCCCAGUUCACUGAGAAGUACUUCACUCAGACUGUGGAUCACUUCAACUUCAACAGCAUGGGCAAUGAAACGUUCAGCCAGAGAUACCUGAUCACAGAUCAGUACUGGAAGAAAGGCUAUGGUCCCAUCUUCUUCUACACUGGAAAUGAGGGCGAUGUCUGGGAGUUUGCUCUGAACACUGGGUUUAUCAUAGAGCUGGCAGCUCAGCAGCAGGCACUGGUCAUUUUUGCUGAACAUAGGUACUAUGGUCAGUCUCUGCCAUUUGGCAAGGAGUCCUUCAACAUUCCUCAGGUGGGCCUGCUGACAGUGGAGCAGGCCCUGGCUGACUACGCCAUCAUGAUCAGUGAGCUGAAAGAGCAGCUAGCAGCCACAGACUGUCCUGUUAUUGUGUUUGGUGGCAGUUAUGGUGGAAUGUUGUCCGUCUACAUGAGACUCAAGUAUCCGAAUAUUGUGGCCGGCGCCCUAGCAGCCAGUGCCCCCAUCCUGUCGACCGCUGGUCUCGGAGACUCCAGACAGUUUUUCAGAGACGUUACAGCUGAUUUUGAGAACAUCAGCCCUGAAUGCAGAGAUGCUGUAAGAGGAGCUUUCCAUCAGUUAAAACAAUUAGCUGAACGCCAAGAUUACAGUCGUAUCCAAUCAGAGGUUGCUCUCUGUAAGCCUCCAUCGUCUCCUCGGGACAUCCAUCAGCUAUAUGGCCUGCUGAGGAACGCCUUCACUCUGAUGGCCAUGCUGGACUAUCCUUACAGCACUCACUUCAUUGGCAACAUGCCUGCCAACCCCGUCAAGGUGGCCUGUGGAACCAUGCUGAGAGGACCGGAUCUGCUCGCCAACCUCCGAGACGCUGCAGGGAUCGUGUACAACUCGACCGGACUCCUGACUUGUUUUGACCUGUACAAUCUCUAUGUGGAGUGUGCUGAUCCUACUGGAUGUGGACAGGGCUUUGACAGCCUGGCCUGGGACUACCAGGCAUGCACAGAGGUCGAGCUGUGUUUUGAGACUAACAAUGUGACGGACAUGUUUCCUCCGAUGGCCUUCACUGAGAAGGACCGUGAGGUCUACUGCUCCAAGCGCUGGGCUGUGGUUCCAAGACCAGGCUGGCUUAAAGUCCAGUUCUGGGGUGAAGCCCUCUCUACAGCGAGCAACAUCAUUUUCUCCAACGGGGACCUGGACCCAUGGGCCAAUGGAGGGGUGCGCAAGUCCCUGAGCUCAUCGCUGGUAGCGCUAAACAUUUCAGGAGGGGCUCACCACCUGGACCUGAGAGGAUCUAAUCAGGCUGAUCCAGCGUCGGUCAUCACUGCCAGAAAGACUGAAGCAGAGCUCAUUGCACAGUGGGUGAAGAUGGAACGGACUAGAUUACAAAAAUCAAAGAAGUUCAUCUGACAUUUUCUCAGUUGUUCAAGGAAUUCAACAGAUUACAAAAAAAAAAAGAGCAUUUAAAGCAUCUGUCUUGCACAAUCUUCUUUCCCCUUAGCAUUUGAAUCAAAUGAAUCAUAAAUUAAAGACAUCUGGUUCGAUUCUAUAUUAAGAUUUUUAGCUUCUUCCCUCCACUGAUGCUUUAACGCAGUAAACAUUUCCUGCAGUAGGAACACCUUAACUGAAGAGACAGAUCAAGUGGAGAUUAUCUCAUAUUUAUCAUUUGCUGUUAUUAAAAUGUUUUCCAGCUGAUGCAUUGUGAUGUAGUUUUGCUAAUAAAUGCAUACGGCUGAGAAAUAAAGCAGAUUUUGUUUAAUUCAAA